CCGAAGACUACUACUAAACCCGCAUGCAUUGGUGCGUGUCCAGCUGUGGACAGAAAACAACUCCAAGAAACUGCCCAGCUUAGCGUGAUGCACUAGCUCACUGCCCCAAUCCCUUUAACCUCAAUUGCGCCCACUCACUCACCAUCCAUCCUGACAGCCCGUCUAGUCGUCAACAAUGGAAGGCAAAGUUCGUCUCAGGAAAUCAAGCAAAAAGAGCAGGACAGGAUGUCGAACCUGUCGAAUGCGCCAUGUCAAAUGUGACGAAACACCAGGCAUGUGCCAGCGAUGCACCUCUACUGGCCGCAAAUGCGAUGGAUACGACUCCCAGCGCCUCCCCAGUCGCCGAACCACCACUGCAUUAGCGGAUCUAUCCCCCGGCAUCGCCCAUCGCUUCCGAUGGAAGCUAACCUCCGACGAACAACGCUGCAUCUCCUUCUUCCAAAACCGCGUCGGCCCAUCCAUCGUCGGCUACUUCGACUGCGUCCUAUGGCAACGACUCGUCCUCCAAAUCAGCCAAUCCGAACCCGCUGCCUUUCACGCCGUCGUCGCCUUCAGCGCCGUCUACGCAGACUACGAAACCCGAGGUCUCCCUCGCAAACCAGACGAAAUGGACAACUCCCUCCAACGCUUCGCCCUCGACCAAUGCGCCCGAGCCUACAGCCGACUUAACUCCCGGUCUGCAUCCCAAGACCCAGGCCUCCACGACAUCACCCUCGUCUGCUGCGUGCUAUUCAUCAUGGUCGAAUGGAUGCGCGGCCAGUACUCCACCGCCUCCAUCCACAUGAAAAACGGCCUCCGAAUCAUCCAACAAGACCAAACCCUAACCGCCGCAUCAGCCGCCUUUAGCUCCGUCCUCAGCCAAUGCAUCGCCGAUUCCCUCGCCUCACUAAACAUCCAAUCCACCUAUUUCGGCAUCGACGACUCCAUCAAACCACAACAACCACCAACCCCCCGGAAAUCAACAUCACCCCCCCUCGACGACAAAACAUUCCACACCCUCCUCGACGCCCGUCUAACCUUCGAACCCCUCAUUUCCGAAAUCUUCCACUUCCACCUCUCCACCUCCAACCUCUCCCCCUCAGACCUCACUCUAAACUACGGCCCCCUCUCGGACACCCAAUUCGCCCUGUCCUCCCGACUCAACCGCUUCGCCAUCGCCCUCGAAUCCUUCUCCAUUGUCUCCUUCAAUCAAUUAACCAGAAACGCCCAACGAACCAUCCACACAAUGCACCUCCACCACCAAGUCCUUUCCAUCCUCGUAAACCUGACCCUCCUUACCAAUGAUGAAGACGAGACAGUCCUGAACUUCUACACCCCCUCCUUCGAACGCGCCAUCUCCCUCGCCGAAUCCAUCAUAGCCAGUUUCACCAAUCGUCCAAGCGUAUGUCUCGACAUGGGCAUCAUCCUUCCUUUAUCCUUCACAGCGACUAAAUGUCGCGAACCGCAUGUCCGAGCUCGCGCCUUGGAUGUCCUGAGCUCGUGGCCUCAUCGUGAAGGACCGUGGGAGUCGAGUGUUAUUGCUGAGUAUGCUUCGCGGUCAUCUGCGUUGGGUGGAGGUACUGGGGAUGGGCUUUUGGGGAUGUUGGCUUAG